AUGCACAUCAUUUUCGUUGCGUUGCGUCGUGUAUGUUCGGCAGAUGUGGAAGCGCUUCAGCAACUGUUCGCUCCAGACUGCGCUCUAGGCUUCUCUCCUCCUCCUUCUCCUCCUCCGCCGCCUCCUUCGGCUGUCUGUCGGCGCAGUCAAGGAGAGGAGAUGUCGAAGUCAGAAUCGGCCUCUGAAUAUGAGAUUCAGUACCGGUCGACGAUCCAACCGAGGACUGCCGUACGAUCGCAGUCCCGGCAAAGUGGGAACUACGUCUCCGGAGGUGCUGGCGGCGGCGGUGGUGGAAGAGUGCUGAAGAUGGUGACGGAGAUGGGCUCCGCCACCAUCGGCGGCAUCUCCCCAGCACUGUCUGCGAACGCCGCCAAAUCGUUCCUUGAGGCCACCGAUAAGGAGAAGAAAGAGUUGCAGGGUUUGAAUGAUCGUCUCGGGAAUUAUAUCGAUCGAGUGAAACGCUUGGAAGAACAGAACAGGAAGCUUGUCGCUGAUCUGGAUGAGUUGCGAGGAAAAUGGGGAAAGGACACAUCGGAAAUUAAGAUCAAGUACUCAGAAUCGCUGUCAACCGCGCGUAAGGACAUCGACGACUCGGCCAGAAGAAAGGCUGAGAUUGAUGUGAAGGUUGCACGUCUACGAGACGACCUUGCCGAGUACCGAAGUCGAUACGAGGACAUCCAGCACAGAAGAGAAGCGGAUCGUGAGAAAAUCGCCCAGUGGACGAAUGCCAUCGCUGAUGCGCAGAAUGAGCUUGAAAUGCUCCGUGCCAGGUGGAAGCAAUUGACCGAUGAAGAGAAACGUCUAAACAAUGACAAUGCUCGUAUAUGGGAAGACCUUCAGAAGGCUAGAAAUGAUCUUGAUGAGGAAACCAUCGGCCGUAUCGAUUUCCAAAACCAAGUUCAAACACUCAUGGAGGAAUUGGAAUUCCUUCGCAGGGUUCAUGAACAGGAAGUCAAAGAGCUACAAGCUCUGCUCGCUCAAGCUCCAGCCGACACUCGCGAAUUCUUCAAGAACGAGCUCGCACUCGCCAUCAGAGACAUCAAGGAUGAAUACGAUUACAUCGCCAAACAAGGCAAACAAGAUAUGGAAAGCUGGUACAAACUUAAGGUGUCUGAAGUGCAAGGAACCGCGAAUCGCGCCGCCAUGGAAUCGAAUUACCAACGCGAAGAGGUCAAACGAAUGCGCGACAACAUUGGCGACUUGCGCGGCAAACUCGGAGAUCUUGAAAACAAGAACGCAUUGCUCGAGAAGGAAGUGCAGAAUCUCAACUACCAGCUCAACGACGAUCAAAGACAGUACGAAAUGGCCCUCAACGACCGCGACGCAACACUUCGCCGAAUGCGCGAGGAGUGUCAGACUUUGGUUGCCGAACUGCAAGCUUUGUUGGACACGAAACAAAUGUUGGACGCCGAAAUCGCUAUUUACAGAAAGAUGUUGGAGGGAGAGGAAAGCCGUGUUGGACUACGUCAAAUGGUCGAACAGGUAGUGAAAACACAUUCGCUUCAACAACAGGAGGACACCGAUUCUACUCGUUCGGUUCGUGGAGAGGUUUCCACGAAAACCACUUUCCAACGCUCUGCCAAGGGAAAUGUCACUAUCGCGGAAUGUGAUCCCAACGGAAAAUUCAUUACUCUGGAAAAUACACAUAGAACCAAGGAUGAGAAUCUCGGUGAGCACAAGCUGAAGAGGAAACUGGACAAAGGACGCGAAAUUGUCUACACUAUUCCGGCCAACACGGUUCUGAAAGCCGGCAGGACCAUGAAGAUCUACGCCCGUGACCAGGGAGGCAUCCAUAACCCUCCCGAUUCGUUGGUGUUUGAUGGUGAGAACACAUGGGGCAUCGGUGCAAAUGUGGUCACCUCAUUGUACAACAAAGAGGAGGAAUCAUUGACACCAGCAGCUUACGUGGCAAGGGACAACCUCUUCAACCUCAGAAUAGCAGCAGACUAUUCGACUCUUUUUGACAAAGAACACUUCCUUGUCGGAAUUGGAAAAUCUAGAGUUAAAAGAAGUCGAGGAGUUUUACCUCAACCGACAGAUGACAGCUAUGAAGAACCAGGAAUGUGGAAAGAAAUUCCGCCAACAGGUGUCGAUAAAUAUAGGAGUGCGGACCAAGAAAAGCUUAAGGAUGCCAAAUCUCACAUCAGUUGUAUUCAUAAUGCCGCAAAGAAGACGUCUCCAGAUUUGACGCCAAAAAAGAGUUCGCCAAAACCAGAAAGAUCUGAGAAGGAGAUUGUGACUUCAGCGAAAAGGUCUGAGAAGGAGAUUGUGUCGUCACGCGAAACGUGA